UUUGACAUAAAGGCUUGGGCUGAAUAUGUCAUGGAAUGGGCUGCAAAGGACCCAUACGGCUUCCUUACAACAGUUAUUCUGGCUUUUACUCCACUGUUUCUAGCAAGUGCUGUACUGUCCUGGAAAUUGCCCAAGAUGAUUGAAGCCAGGGAGAAGGAGCAAAAGAAGAAACAAAAACAUCAAGAAAAGAUUGCAAAAGCUAAACAACUGAAAAAGGAUUGA